ACGUGUGUGUGAAGGGUGAAUCAAGAACGAAUCGACUCUCUUUUGAACGAGUCUUUUCCCCGAAUCGGCUCGCACGCUCGAAUAACCGAAGAAACUUCCCGUUGCCUGUUUAAAUGUUGUUGGGUUUUUUUUUUUUAAUUAACGGCACUGGAAUAAAGUCGGUGUGAUGUUCGACGUUCGAUAUUCGCAGGUAUGUGGAAAUUAAGGGACCGUCUGUAAAGUUACAUCCGACAUUGUUAAACACGAUUCUAACUUCAAUAGCAUUUGAAGGGAAUGACUUACAGUCAUAUAACCCACUGUACAGUGUUCAUCAAAAUAAGCCAUUAAAUCAUAUAUAAAUAUUGUCAUGUAUUUUAUUACUGCAUGGGCCCAUACACAAAAUAUAAAAUUUUUGUCUAAUUUAAAUGUGAUUUAAUAACUUAUUUUGAUAAAUAUCAAAAAUCUAAAAGGUGUGCAUCAUACCUGACACCUAGAUGAACACUGUACAGUUGGUCAUAUGAUUGUAAGUCAUUCACUUCAAAUGCUAUUGAAGUUAGAAUCGUGUAUAACAAUGUCGUAUGUAACUUUAGAGACGGUCCUUUAAUUUCCGAUUUUCCGCGAAUAUCGAACAUCCAACACCACACCGACUUUAUUCCAGUGUUAAUGGAUCGUAUUAGCAACCAGGCUAGCGACUUUUAGAAAGUAAAGAUUACAUCAGGAAGUGAAGUCGUGAUGGCGGAAGAUAUUCAGCAGAAACUUCAGAAGUACCGCACAGCUCCGUUCGACGCCCGUUUCCCAAACCAGAACCAGACCAGGAACUGCUGGCAGAAUUACCUGGAUUAUCACAGAUGCAAUAAAGCACUGGAGGCCAAAGGGGUGGACGUGGCUCCCUGCGACUGGUACAAGAGGGUGUAUAAAUCACUGUGCCCUAUUUCCUGGGUUGAGAAGUGGGACGCACAGCGUGAUGAUGGAACUUUCCCAGGAAAGGUCUGAAGAUCCCUCCAACAUUAAGGAAACCUAAAGUGUGUGUGUGUAUAUGUGACGUGACCCUGUUCACCUGCCGCGUGUCUCAGCAGUGCGGGCUGGAUCUGUAUAGUCAUGCCUAAUAACAGUGAAAUCACUGAAUUAAAGCUCUCAGGCCUUGUAACACCA